AUGUAAUGUCGACAGACGUGACGUUGCGCGCGAGCACUAUCAAGAGGCUUAACAGUUAGUGUAAGAGAGGCAACAGGGUCAGUCUGUGGCCGGGAGCCACUGAGAGAACAUUAUUAACUUCGGGUUAAUUAUGACAAUAAAUGUGUGUGAAGGUAGUGUUUGAAGUGCAGAUUUGACAUAAUGGAGUUACAACGGCAAGGAGAUGAGAAUGGUUCGAAAUCGAAUCAAAAUGAACCUAAGUUAGAUCAUAUACAGAGUGCCAUAGGAUCAUUUGGAAAAUAUCAAUUUUACUUGUGCUUCCUGAUAUUUUUAUCAAAAUUCCCGGUUGCAUUCCAUCAGAUGGCAAUAAUAUUUUUGGCUCCAAAAGCAGAAUUUACUUGUGAAGGAACACAAAUAAAAGGAACUUGCCCUUGUGACAAACCAGUAUAUGACACUUCGAUAUUCACAAAUACAAUCAUAACGCAAUGGGAUCUUAUAUGCAAAGAUAAAUGGUUGGCGAGCUUAACUCAAACCUUGUUUCAAUUGGGGACCUUGAUUGGCAGUCUUCUUUUCGGGAUGGCUUCUGAUAGAUUCGGACGCAAAAAACCGAUGUUAUUUGCUGUCUUAUUACAAGUUUCAUCAGGAGUAGCCGCGGCCUUUGCACCUGACUACUGGUCUUUCAGCCUUCUUCGUUUUAUCGUAGGGAUGUCAGUAGGAGGGACAAUGGUCGUAGGAUUUGUUAUUAUUAUGGAAUAUGUAGGCGCAAAAUAUCGUGAUAUUAUUUCUGCUCUUUACCAAGCACCUUUCAAUAUGGGUCAUAUGUUGUUACCAGUUUUUGGAUACUUCUUCAGAGAUUAUGUUAAUUUCCAAUUGGCAAUAUCCUUACCUGCAAUCCUUCUCCUGUCUUACUUUUUUUUGUUACCAGAAACAGGAAGGUGGUUGAUAGCAACACAACGUACAGAAGAGGCUAUCCAGAUUAUAGAACGUGUUGCUACAAUAAAUAAACGACCAACGGAACAUAUUCGAAAAGAUAUAGAAACCCAUCAAAAACAAUUAGAGAACAAUAAACUCAAGAAGGGAACUUUAUUGGAUCUUUUCCGCACUCCAAAUCUCAGAAAGAAUAUAUUGGCUAUGUCUUUUAACUGGCUAACAUGCAGUUAUUGUUUCUACGGUGUAUCUCAAUACGUCGGACAGUUGAGUGGAAAUAUUUUUGUGAAUGUAGCAGCAAGUGCAAGUGUUACCCUAGUUGGAACAUUUGUUUCCAUACCUUUAAUGAGAGCAAUCGGCAGGAGGACUAUAUUAAUAGUGUUUAAUUUUAUAUCUGCAGUAUGUUUGUUAAUAUUAGCAUGUUUUCCUGAUAGAUCAUUUUCAGUAUUUUUCGCGAGUAUCGGAGUAGUGGCUAGUUUUAUAGUUUUUGUUGUAGUUUAUUUGUAUUGUACCGAACUAUUUCCUACCGUUGUCCGUAAUGCUGCUAUAGGAUUUUCAUCAAUGAUGGCCAGAAUUGGUUCAAUGAUAGCACCAUUCGUAAUAGAUCUGCGAGACACGGCUGUUUGGCUACCUCCCAUAAUUUUUGCAAUAUUCCCACUCGCAUCUGCUAUGGUUUCUUUUCUCCUUCCUGAAACUAAAGGUCACGAGCUCAUGACCACAAUCGAGGAGGGAGAAAGAUUCGGUAAAAAAGAACAAAAGUAGUGUUUCAAAAAAUACUUGUACAAAAUGUUUCUAUUUAAGAUAAUUGUUAAGAUAAAAGUAUUAGUGUUAUAUAAAUUUAAUAGCAAUGUUUUAUUUAAGAUUAACUAUAUUAUUGAAUUUAUUGCUUCAAUAAAAUGAAUGUUAUCGGGUUUACAUACGGUAUAAAACUUUUGUGAUAGAUAAAAAAUAAAUGUGAAUUUGUAAAUAGAUACGGAUAUAAACUUAAUAUUGCUUCCUAUUCGUUAAUAAACUUUAUGAAGUGUGAUUUUAUAUUUUUGAACAAUAUGGAAUUAUUAUAUAUAUACCUCCUCGACUAACUAAUAUGUAAUUCCUCUGAUAGUUUAAAUCAGUGAUCUUUUUAUAUGGAUUGUUUUCGAGGAUUGUAUUGUUUCUGAAGUUGAUAUUAUUUUAAUAUCAUAAGGAACAUUUUCAAAAUGUUUGACGCUAACAGUCCCGAAUAUUAAUAUUCGUAAGUAUGUAAUUUAAAAGAAAUAACAAAGUUUUAUAAGUACCUCAACACACAAUGUGAUACUUGCUUGAUGACUAUGAAGUAAAUCCUUACGUAAUUCAUUACGUAAGGAUUUACUUAUUUCAAAAGCAUUAUCAGUAUCAGUACUAUAUUACAUAGUUUUAACUUUUACGUAAUUUAAAAUAAAUACAUUGAAUAAUGUAAAUAAUGAUAUAAAAUUUUUUUUAAUCAAAAUGUCAAGUUUAUCCUGACCAUGUGUGGUUUAUCUGAAUAAAAUUUUUAUCUUUAUCAGAUAAAUAUUGAGAUAUAAAGAUUUUAAAAAACUAAAAAAACAUUCACAGGCUUCUAUUAUAGAGAAGACCUUUUAGGUAGCUUUAAUGGUUAAUAGAUAAAAUUACCAUAGCAAAUAUAUAUGACUUAAAAAAUUAUAUGAGAUCUCUAGAUGUUCUACUAUAUUAACUAUCAAUUUCUCUAAGUAUAUUCAAAUAUGCGCAUUGAAAAAUUUUUGUGAAUUGUGGAUAAGUUUUAUUUUUUUGUUUUGAAAAAGAAGAGACACCUAAAAAUAUAUCUUUAGAAUAUCUUUUGACAUGUACAUAUUAGUUAUCAAUAAACUUCUUAAAAAAAUGUGCCCUAUUUUAUAAUAUUUUUAUAAAUAGCACAUGGAGUGUGUAUUACAGUCGCAUUUUUUGAUGUCUACAGUAGUGGUUAAAACAAUAUUAUCAAAAUUAUCAAGAUUUACCAUGUUAUGGAAUUAGUUAUGUUUUAAUCCUUUCUCAAAAUCAUUUCGUUUAGCAAAACUCUGUAAUUUCAUAAUAUCGCGGGAGGCUUUGUUCUGGUGAGACGGAAAAAAUGUGGUAUUGUUAACAUUAAUGGAAGGGCAACAGGAAAUAAUUAAAAAUUGUUAAGUAUAAAUUAAACUUGUGUAGAAAUUUAUUACUGUUCUUAGAUAAAAUAUUUUUUUGUUUUCAUAAACAUCACUAAAACGGUUUCUGUCCAUUCAUUAAUAUAAAUCCCUUUAAGGCUCCGUAUUUCUUUUCUAUUCUGUUUUAGUUAUUUUAUUUUAUUGAUAACAAAAAGAAGUUGAACUUGAAAAAAUGUUGAUAACUAAGAGCGGAAAAUUUGUAUGUUAAUGACUAUUCUUGUUAUCGAUAUAAAAAAGACGUGUCAAUAUGUUUUGUUUAUAAAUUACGAUUUUACGAGCAUAUUUUUUUAUUAAACUGAGAUUAAAUAUGAAAAGUAUUAUAUAGUCUUGACAUGAAGUUUCUAUUAGGCAUGGAUAUAUAUUGUUUUGCAAAUAAGUAUGGUAUUAAUUUGAGGUAAGACUUUAAUACAUUAUUAUAUUAAGGACAAUAACACGGAAGAAAACAAGUGAUAGAAUGAAACAGAAGAUUCUUGGAUUUAAGUGCUUUUUAUGGAUUUACAACUUCACUGUUUAUUACUUUUUAUAAAUAAAUAUUCACGAACUUGUUUAA